UAGCUUUUUGGAGGUCAUCAGAAGAAAGGAAUGAAUACAGAACCCUGAUCGCUGAUGUCUGAUGCAAAUCUGGCACUUCAUGAUGAUGAUGAUUUGCUGAAGAAGAAAUAGAAUGAAAUUUCACUUAAGCUUGGUUAAACUCUUUUUAUGUCAGAGGGUUUCCACAGUCGUGUCAGUUAACCUACAAGGGGUGGGGAUAUGGGGUGGGGGUCAUGAUUGUGUAUUGCAUUUUUCCAUCUUGUAGAGUGUUUAUCAUUUCAGGGCUCGCUGUGGCUGACCUGUGCUCCCUGCUGUCCAUGAUAUGGCUAAGCAUCUGCUGGAACCCACUCUUUUACAACUCUGAGUUGCCCUUUGACCCCAGGGAUAUCUUGAACCUCACUGGGGCCGUGCCCCAUGUCCUCUUAGUCAAAAUCGCCACGUUUAUCACCGCCUUCAUCACCUUUGAACGAUGUCUGUGUAUCGCUGUCCCUCUGAAGGUGAAGACGAUCAUCACACCGAGAAGGACAAAGACAAUUAUUAUCUCCAUCUACAUUGCCAUGGCUGUUUUGAUGAUCCCCUUCUGCCUUGGAAACAGACUUGAGUGGGUUUACGAUUUAACCUUAAAUGCUACUGUGCUAAAAGCCACGUACACGGCUGAGAGAGACAUUCUAGAAGCCAUUACCCUUCUCAUCCAAGACGUAAUAGCUACGACGUUUUCCUUCGUCUUCGUCGUCUGCUGUACCAUUGUUCUUGUCGUCAAACUCAAAAGUAAAACAAAAUGGCGACAGGCCACUGCAGCCAAGUCUGAUCGCGCAGCGGGAGGUGUUGGGGUCAAAGAUCAAAAGGUUAUGAAAAUGGUGACCUUCAUCGCUGUCAUUUACAUCAUCUGCGCUGUUCCUUCCACGCUCUUUUUUCUCUACAUUGUGAUUGACCCAAGUUUCCAUCAUGAUGGUUCCUAUCGAAAUCUUUUUCUUGUCCUUUGUUUUUUGUCAUUCCUAACCGAAACUAUCAACUCUAGUGUGAAUAUAUUUGUGUAUCUGAAAAUGAGUUCGAAAUAUCGAGCAGUGUUUAUGAAAACGUUUUGGAACUAGGAGGUAGAAUAGCUUUUUGGAUACUUUAAGAAAAUGUCUCUUUAUAAUGAUCAUUUCUAAGAAAAAUAAAUCAUUACCUUCUGAGGAAAAUGUUGUCUUUUUGAUAAUGACCGAAAAAUCUCAGUAAUGUAAAUAUAUGAUAAGAUAAACUAAAUGUUUAUUAUCCAGAUGAUGGCACAUGUGUAGGGUAUACACGCAAACACAAGACACACA